AUGUGUCAUAAAAAUAAUUAUAAUAUUAUUGCCUACUUUUCUAAUAAUUUUAAUUAUUAUUUUUAUAUUUUGUUAUUUUUUCUUCUUUUCUUUGUUGAGGUAUUUACUCAACAAUCUUCUUCUUCUACUCCAAAUACCCACACUUUAUUAUCACUAAUUAAUUCAUUAGAAUUUCCUACUCAAAGGGAAAAAUGCCCUUCAAAUAUUUGUUUUAAUGGGGGAAUUUGUUUUAUUCAAGUAAAUAAUGAGGGAAUUAAAGAAUUUGAAUGUGAUUGCAAAAAAAAUUUUGUUGGCGAUUUGUGUCAAUCAAAAUGUUCAAUUAAUUGUCAAAAUGGGGGGAAAUGUAAAAGAUUAACUAAAAUAAAUGAAAAUAAUUUAAAUGAAUUUUGUGAAUGUUUACCUGGUUAUAAAGGUUUAAAUUGUGAAGAAGAUAUUAAUGAAUGUAUUGAAUAUGGAGAUAAGGAGGCUUGUCAAAAUGGGGGUAUUUGUAUAAAUAAAUUAGGCUAUUUUGAAUGUGAAUGCCCUUCGGAAUUUAAUGGCUAGUUUGUUUUUUUAAAGAAAUAUAUGUAUGAGCAUUAUUAAGGGAUUUUGAAAAAAUUUUGGAUAAAAAUUAGAGGAAAUUGGUUAUCUAUUUCUGUGGUCUUUCGACUCAGCACGAUGAGCUUUUUUGAAUGAGCUUUAACUGAUAUUCGGCCUUUUUGCC